UCGCGGCGAUUUUCAGAGGAAAAAAAAACAACCUUUGGCCGCGUUCCAAUCGCGGAACGAUGUUUCAGAGCUCUCGCAGUUCAAUGACGACGACCGCUUUUGUCGCACGGUUUUGUAUAAUUUAUUAGUGUCGAGAGCGAUUCACAUCGACGCGACCAAUUCGACUCGCGAUGUUUUUACAUACGAUGAUGAUGCGAAGAAAGUGAGGAAUAACGCAAAAAUUUGUUUGACAAUUAGCUUUUAAGCAAAGCUUAUUUCACGCACACUCGCGUGGUUUUACGUGGUGGAAAUCAAAUCGCGAAAUUUUGUAGGAAAAGUUUUUGAAAAAAAAUAAGAGAGAGAGAGAGAAAUGUCGUGUGUACACUCAUAUUAUGUGUUUCGCAACGAGUCUACGCGAGGUCGCGACCGAUAUCUCCAUAGUACACGUCACAUGUGCAGCGUGUAAUUUUUUGCGUCCACGAUUCAUGGAUGGCCAAACCGUUGAGGAAGAGAGCGCGGCGAAGAUCUCGAAUAUCGAUGACCGUGGGAUACGCGCUGACGCGCGGUGAUGGAUGCAUCGGCAGAACCAAAAGCACCGGUAAUUUACCACAGCCGUUUGAAGGCUGAAAGAAAUCCGGGUGACUAUAGCCGGACUUUACGUGGCGAAGAAAACAGCGAGGAUGAGGAGUGAAGGGGGAGGGAAGAGGAAAGGAGCGAAUCACGGUAAGACAGAAAGAAGAAGAAGAAGAAGAAGAAGACCAUGCGGAAGAUUAGAUCCCCAGAACGAGUAGGUGGGAUUGGAUUUGGCAGACGGGUGGCUCGUCGUCGUCGUCGUCGUCGUCGGUGGUGGAUGCCGAUGAUGCCGAAGGAGUACGACAAGAAGCAGGGGAGCAAGGGGAACGGCGGGGAACUUUCUCAGAAGGGAAAGUCAGAGCAGGGUGGAAUAUAGAAGUGCACGGAAAUAAAAGCAGGAUGGAGAAAAGAGAAAGAGAGAGAGAAAGGAGAGAGGAGAGAGAACACACCGACAGAACGUAAGUGACAAAACGGGUGGUGUGUGGUAUAGGUGAACUGCUGGACAACCAAACCACCCGAACUGUACUCGGCGGUAUUUAAGGGAGAGCCCGCGAGCGUAGAGCGCCAGUUGUUAGCACGACCGGUUGGCGGUUAGCUUCGCGGAACUCACACCCGCCGGACCGUCACGUCGCGUGGCGCUCAAGGUGGUUCAAGUGCGAAAAAUACGUCGAGUACUUUUGUUAGAAAAAGAAAUGUGUGAAAUAUGAACAUGUUCAUCAAAGACAAUAUCUUUUAAAUGAGAGUCAGAGAGCAUCGCAAUAUAAAACCGUCUUAAUAAAUAAUUCCGAGAUUAUUUGGUGACAUCUUGAGGUGACACAAGUGCGAUUGUUUGUCAUUUCGCUCUUCGAUAGAGCGUGUUUCGAAUUGUCGUGAUCUGUGUGACAUGUGAAGGAAGAGCAAGCAAUACAAUUUUCAAAUCGAUAUUUUAAUAUUACACGUGGAGAGUGUGGCAUAUGGCAUUAAUUGAAUUGUUCGCACUUGAGAAUUUGGUAUCUUUGAAUUUCGGACGGUACAGAUGAGUGUGUUAAAGAGGUACCCGAUGCUGUUGCUAGUAUUGGGGUUGGUCCUCACACAACCGUCUGUCGGAGUUUUACUGCAAGAAGGUACAUAUUUUGCACGAUCGAACGUUUCGUCCGAACGACUCACCGGAACGUCUUCCAGUAUUUCGAUCGUCAGGAUCAUUUCCGACGGGCGAUUGGAACGGAUCAUCCGGUGGGCCGGAGCUUGCGCCAAAGAGACCACUGUCAAUUGGGGAGACACGGACGUGACGCUGCGGCAGAUCUGGCUUCGGAAGUCAAGCAGAAAGCUGCAAUUGAUAUACGUCGGUGAAACUUUGACUGACUGCACCGACGAGAAGCUCGCGCGAUGGAACGACAGCGAGUGCUCGCUCGAUUCUCGCGGCGCCUAUCGCUAUCAACAAGAUGACGAGGUGUCGAUCGAGGUAUUCCGUCCGGACGGCAAGGACGCUUCGAGAAUACCUCGUGACAUCUCCUGGUUAUCGUCGACAUCGGAGCUUCAUCACCAAUGCGAUCGCAUGAGGAUGCGAAUACGGAACCGAGUCGCGGUUCAUCAUCGACAUAGAAAAUACACGGAAUCCACAAGUGCGUCAACGAACAACAAAGGACAAAAUCGGGGCCGCAAUCGAAUUCGAAGAGAGUUGUUCAUGAUACCGGGAACGCAGUGGUGCGGCCGCGGUGAUCGCGCCACGAAAUACACCAAUUUGGGUGGCUUCGGUGUGGCCGACGCCUGUUGCCGUAAACACGACACGGGUUGUCCCUUUUAUAUACCGGCGUUCGAGACGCGUUACGGUGUGUUCAAUUGGAGGAUUUCAAGCAUGAUGCAUUGCGCUUGCGACGAGCGAUUUCGCACGUGUUUGAAAAUGGCCGGGACUGCGUCGGCCGAUUUUAUCGGCAAGAUCUUCUUUAACGUGCUGCAAUCCAAGUGCUUUGUUCUGAAGCCGCAAAAGGUGUGCGUUAAACGAUCGUGGUGGGGCAAGUGUCAGCAUCACGAAUACCGAAAGCAGGCCUACGUGCGAGAUAAUGUUUCUUAUUAAAAUGCUGCAAUUCGAAAAUCGUAAAACUCGUAAUCAACGUUCUUGCAAGACUCGUGAGCUGUAACUUGUCGAUUAGUUUCUCACGAUUGUUUCGUAAGCAACGACUUUGCGAUCUAUUCACACAUUUGCUUAGAAUUGUAGCAUAAAUUACAAACAAUACAGAGAUCGACAUAAAAAAAAUUUAAAAAAUUAAAAAAAAAAAAA